AAAACAAAUCCGAGAGGAAAACGAGAACGAUCAGGCGCGAUGCGCGCCUCAAAAUAUCCACCUUUUCCUCCUCUUUUUUGAGAAAAUUCUGCGAAAGCAUCGAAUAGUUUUGUACUGGUCACCGACGACAACCAAAUAACCAACCGGUGUCACGGCGAAUUCCGUCAACACCGCACCCAAGUCGUCGUGUUUAUAUAUGCUUUGCCAAUUUGCCAUAAAAACCCCCACGAAAUCCUCCAAUCCAUUGCCGCAGUCCGUCCAAGAGAGGGGGACACUCUGCCUCCAGCCAUGAGCGACGGCGGCGCAGGCGCCAAGGGCGCGGGCUUCGGCAUGCCGCGCGUCGGCAUGGGCACGGCGGUGCAGGGGCCGAGGCCGGAGCCCAUCCGGCGCGCCGUGCUCAAGGCCAUCGAGGCCGGGUACCGCCACUUCGACACCGCGGCGCACUACGAGACCGAGGCGCCCAUCGGCGAGGCCGCCGCCGAGGCCGUGCGGUCCGGCGCCAUCGCCUCCCGCGCUGACCUCUUCAUCACGUCCAAGCUCUGGUGCAGCGACGCGCACCGCGACAGGGUGCUCCCCGCGCUCAGGCAGACGCUAUGGAACCUUCAGAUGGAGUACGUGGACUUGUACCUGGUGCACUGGCCUGUGUCCAUGAAGCCGGGCCGGUACAAGGCCCCCUUCACCGCCGACGACUUCGUGCCGUUCGACAUGCGGGCCGUCUGGGAGGCCAUGGAGGAGUGCCACCGCCUGGGCCUCGCCAAGGCCAUCGGCGUCUGCAACUUCUCCUGCAAAAAGCUCGACACCCUGCUCUCCUUCGCCACCAUCCCUCCCGCCGUCAACCAGGUGGAGGUGAACCCGGUGUGGCAGCAGAGGAAGCUGAGGGAGCUGUGCAGGGAGAAGGGCGUCCAGAUCUGCGCCUACUCGCCGCUGGGCGCCAGCGGCACGCACUGGGGCAGCGACUCCGUCAUGGCCUCCGCCGUGCUCCGCGACAUCGCCCAAUCCAAGGGCAAGACCGUAGCCCAGGUGUGCCUGAGGUGGGUGUACGAGCAAGGGGACUGCCUGAUCGUGAAGAGCUUCGACGAGGCGCGGAUGCGGGAGAACCUGGACAUCGUCGGAUGGGAGCUGACGGAGGAGGAGAGGCAGAGGAUCGCCGGCAUCCCGCAGCGGAAGAUCAACCGUGCCCUCCGCUUCGUCUCCGACCACGGGCCCUACAAGUCGCUCGACGACCUCUGGGACGGCGAGAUAUGAGCACUCGCCGGCGACCGCUUCGUGUUUCCAGGCGCCGGCCGACGUGCGUGCUGCUCUGAGGAACGUAACAACAAAAACUGCGGCUCUUGACGAUCGUGUUGAAUAAAGCAAAGUGUGACGAUUUCAUCGGCUCUGAUUGCA